AUGGCCGCCCCGCCCCCAGCGUCGGACGUCGUCGCCGUGGCGCCCCCCGCGGACGCGCGCGACCUCCUGCGCAGCUACGAGCGCUCGCUCACCGAGUCGGCCCUUUCCCCGCGCUCAGCCGCCGCGCGCAGCCCGAGAGCCGUUGCGAGCGGCGUCGCCGCGUUGUCUGUCGGCACGUCGGGCGCCUCGAGCGUCGCCGCGAGGCACGCGUCGCCCCGCGCAGUCUACCACUCGCCACACGCAUUCGCGGACGCCCCGCCCGUGGAUCUUGCCAUGUUCUCGCCGCGUCGGCGCGCCCAGAGGCAGUCGCAGAACGCGCUGGAUGUCGCCAGUGUGCGCGUUCGUCUAGGCGACGAGGAAGAGGGAAAAGUAGAGGAGGAGGAAGGAGACGGAGAGGUGGACACACUGCGCCCCGACGACAGGAAACCGGACGCGCUGGACGAGGAGGGAUUCGCCGCCUCGGGCCGUGGCCAGAUCCAAGGCGCCGACGUCCCGGACGACAGCGAAGGCUGCCUUAUCUGCAUGGACGAGUUCUCGGCAAGACGCAAAGCCUACCCGCUGCCUUGCACGGGCCAGUGCACGGGCGCAUACGUGCACUACCGAUGCAUCAUGGCCUGGCUGGGCCAGUCGGGGAGCUGCCCGUUGUGUCGCGGGGCCUGUGACCCGCUUGUGCUCCAACCCAUGCAGAAGCUGGAGCUGCAGGAUAUGACCAAGAUGGCUCUCCAGCCCGUGCCCCUGGACGCGGGCAUCAUUCGAUGCUACGUCAAGCAGGUCUAUCGCGGCAUGUUCAAGCAGUACGGGUACGAGCUGUACCUGCAGGGUCAGAUCGGCACGCAGGAGGAGGACAAGUUCCUCCUGGCCGCAAGACGCCAAGUGCGCUCGAACAUGACGGCCAACUACACAAUCUGUACAGACAAAGAGUGCACGGACGCAAAGCGCAUCGGACGCAUGGGCUCCAACUUCCUUGGCACGUGCUUUACGCUCUACGAUAACGGCCGGGAUCCGCAGAAGCUGGCCAAGAUUCAGGACGCCGUGAGUUCCGACGACGUGGUGGUGCAGAACGUGCUUCAGAUCCGAGAGGAGCUGGGCUGCGUAACGUAUGAACCCAACCGCACGAGUGUGGGGCCGCGGAAGAUGCGCGUGGUGAUCCCCGAUGUGGACGAAGAGGGCGGCUCCUCCAAGAUCGUGCGGCCCAUGAGCCGCCAAGACCGACUCGUCACGCGCCUGUCGACGGGCGACAUGAAGGACUUGAUGCGCUUCUCGAACCGCGAGCCCGUGUUCCGCGAGGACCUGGGCGCCUACUGCCUGGACUUCGGUGGUCGCGUGUCCAUGGCGUCGGUGAAGAACUUCCAGUUGAUCAGCAGCGAGGACCCGUCCAUGGGCAACAUCCUGCAGUUCGGGCGCGUAGCCGACGACAUGUUCACGAUGGACUUCCAGUGGCCGCUGUCUCCGUUCCAAGCGUUCGCCAUUUGCCUCAGCAGCUGCGACACCAAGCUCGCAUGCGUCUAA